AUGACGCGCCAUCAAUUUUUCUACAUCUUCAUUAUCGAUGGCAUUGGUGCCAUGGUGCUUUCAGGGGGCAUUAAUUUUGCCAUUGCUUAUGCAAUGUACACCAAUCAAGAUACAGAGCGGCACCCGAUCCGGCUCUUCCAGCUGCCCAACACGCUGGCGGGCGAUGCAGCCGUGACCAUCAUCGUGCAGUGCAUCAUCACGUGGCUGAUCGAGCUGGUGCUUGUGAACCGGGACUUGGCCAAGGGGGCGGUAGCGCCCGUGGGGUUCCUGCAGCCGCCCGAGUGGCGACCAGCGCGGUGGUUUUUGUUCCUGGACCGGAAGACGGAGACGGCGCGUCCGGGAUCCGCGGCGCACUGGCUGGGCUUCAUGGCGUCUCAGGUCCUGCGCGCCUUGUUGGUGGCAGUGCCUAGCUUCGCCCUGCUGUGGCCCAUAUCGGUCGGCGUCUUAACGGCCUUCGGCACCCGCUCGGGCGGCGACUGGGUCUACGACAAGACCUGGGUGCCCCAGGUCUUCAAGCUCAUCCUGGGAGGCUUGCUCUCGCUGCUGACGACCCCGCCGUUUGCCCUGUUCUGGCUCGCCCGCGCCGGCUGGGCUCUGCGUACUAACGAAGUACUCGUGACGCCCAGGCAGGUCGUGCAAUGA